GUCUGAUAAGAAAUCGGCGAUGGAAGAUGCUCGUUCGGACGAAGAGCUAAUGGGGAGCCUCGAAAGCGAUUCUGAUCGUGAGGAAGUUGAUUCUCAUGAAGUUAAUUUCUUGUCAGAAAAGGACUUUGGCUCCCCAAGUUUGGGGUUUUUGUCAGCAGAAGAUUUUGGGGAAAGAGAUGAACUUCCAAAUUUCGAUAUGGGGUACGAGUCUGAUUGUUUCGAUGAAGAAGAUGAAGAUAUAAACGAACAAAUUCGAGAACUCCAAGAGCUGCCCAGCAGCUCGAAUCCAGAAGGGUUUAGUAGAAAGGACGAAACGCCAAUCGAGCGUUCCGAAAAUGCUGAAAAACCCGAUGUUCGUAAUUCGGUAACCAAUGAUUCUGAGGAUUCAAACACAUUGGAAACAUUGUGGGAACACCAGGAAUUGUUAGAACAGUUGAAAAUGGAGCUCAAGAAAGUCAGAGCUACCGGUUUGCCUACCAUUCUCGAAGAAUCCGAGUCUCCAAAUAUGGAUGAUUUGAAACCAUGGAAGAUUGAUGAAAAGGCCCAUCAAGGUGAUCGAAUGGGAGAGCUUCAGAAGUUCCACAGAAUUUACAGAGAGCGUAUGCGAAAAUUCGACAUUUUAAAUUACCAGAAGUUAUAUGCAAUAGGUUUCUUGCAGUCCAAGGAUCCACUUCAGUCGUUUCCGAGCUCCUCCAAAUCCUCAGCUCCGGCAAUCCCAUCCUUUCUCUCACAUAACUUUUGGAGAUGCAAACCGAAAAAAGAUUCAGAUUCCGACCCAAUGGAGAAGUUUAUUAGAGAAUUGCAUGGUGAUUUAGAAGCGGUUUAUGUGGGGCAGUUGUGCCUUUCUUGGGAGAUCCUUCAAUGGCAGUAUGAGAAGGCCUUCAAGCUAUGGGAAUCCGCUCCGUAUGGAAUUGGUUCGUACAAUGUGGUUGCCGGCGAGUUCCAACAGUUUCAAGUUCACUUGGUUAGAUUUGUAGAGAACGAAUGUUUUCAAGGGCCUAGGGUUGAAAAUUACGUCAAGAAUCGAUGCGUCACGCGCCAUCUUCUUCAAGUUCCGGUGAUUAGAAGGGACAAUUUAAAGGAGAGGAAGAAAGCAAGAAGAAAGGGCAAAGACGGUGGUGCAAUUACAAGUGACAUUCUAGUUGAGAUACUCGAAGAAUCAAUACGGACAAUUUGGCGAUUCAUUCGAGCUGAUAAAUACGCUAAUUGUACGCUUGCACAUCGAAGGAGAAGACAAGAAGAAGAGCUUGAAGAAUCGGAUCUGAAUCUUUUCACGGAGAUCCAAACAGAUCUUCACAAGAAAAACAUGAAGCUAAAAGAAAGACUGAGGUGUGGGAACUGCAUCCUGAAGAGAUUCAAAAAGCAUGAGGAUGAAGGCACAGAUCACCUCUACUUCUUCUCCCAAGUUGACAUGAAAUUGGUAGCUAGGGUUUUGAACAUGUCGACUAUAACAACAGAGCAACUAGUGUGGUGUCACAACAAGUUGAGCCAGAUAAAUUUUGUGAACCGAAAGCUUCGUGUAGAUCCUUCCAUCUUGCUGUUUCCAUGCUAGCAAUAGCAGUAGUCCCAUUUUUGUCUAACCAAAGUAAAUAUUAGGCUUCAAGCUGCACAUUAUUGUUCA